AUGAUAAACGCCGCACGAUUGAUUCCGGCGCCGUCUAGUUGCGGCAAGCUCCGUUGGCCGGAGGUGGUGGGGAUGGAGGGAACCAAGGCUCGCAAUUACAUUCUUGCCUCGGAGCCGCAGUGCCGCUGGGACGUGAAACUCAUCCCUCCCAACGGAUAUGCCACCGGCGAAUGCCGCCGAAACCAACUUCGACUUUUUCUCGAUAAUCGUGGGCUUGUUCGGACGGUGCCUGUAACGUGCAUUAAGCCCCCACAAGGAUAA